UGGAGGGUGAUGAGGGCGAUAGCGAUGAUGGGGACGAUGUUGACUGUGCGAGCUAUGAUGAUGAUUCGGAUGGUGGGGCGGACGGUGGCUGGAAUGAUGACUCGGACGUAUCCUGGUAGAUCACAGUGCAACUUAUUUAAUGAAGAUUGUAACGUGGAUGAUUGUAACCUCAGUACUACUACAGGUCUACCUACUCACUGGUUACUAUCAAGGUUCCGCGGAUACUACCGACAGCAUUGUAGAAAGAACCUGCACCGUGAACGUCCGGGUGAUUCGAGUCUCAUCGCCAGCCGAUUGCCAAAUGAAUACUAGUACAAUAUUCACCGAGAGUCUCGGCGCCUCGUUGCGUUUAAUGCCAGCAACCAAGUUGUCUGUAAGCCUGAGUAUGUACACAAAACGUAAGUACGUGGAUUCAAUGGAGGCAGGGCGCAACUAUGCAAGACCAUACUUAGUAUCUCGGAGCUCAUAACCUUUUUCAAACGUCUUCCUGCAAAAAUUCAUUUACCCCUGCAGCCCUUCAAAUCACUUUGGGGCCGAAUUACCCUUCACUA